CUCCGACGAGGUCGAGUAGACGUACGCAGUUGAGACAACCCCCAGGAUUUUAAUAUCCGCUUAAUGAGCCUCUGCCUUUUCUGCCAUCCCCUACUCACAUUAGCCGGGUCUCUUCGCUCCCCGUCUACCAGCCCUCGUGUGCCUCCUCUCUAUUUGCGCGGCUAUCCCGGGAUAAGCGACGCCACGUUUUUUCCUGUUGAACAUCGUACCGAGACAAUCUAUCUCCUCGCCGUCCUGCGUCGCAACACCCCAUCCGCCCCUCCUCGUCUCUCCCUCCCUCCCUCCCCUCUUCCUCGCCGUCCGCCCCAGCUGGAUCCGAGGCAGUCUGGACCCCGUGAGAGCCAAGGCGGCAAUAUUGGCUGACAGCUGGGGUGGCUGGCCGUGGAACUUUUGGGAUAUAGGGCGGGGGCGCCAGCGUAGGAUUUAUACGGAGCUAGAGAUGGGCCUAUCUAUCCUUUCCGUAUUGACUCGCUUUUUUACGCGGCCGAUCGCCCCUAUUUCUCUUCUCCGCCUCCCCCC